AUCCCCAGAGAGCUACAGCUCCUGAUUCUGCGGACGGUGGCGGAGACAUGGGAAGGGAAGGGCAGGUGGACUGGGGAGAUAGGCGGGAAGAGGCAAUUGAUUCGGAUCAGCCAAGUGUCACGAUCCUGGCGGGAGCUCUGCCUCGACGGGCAGCUAUGGGCAAAUGUCGACCUCGCUCCGAUGGCGCCGUAUCUUCACCCCCGGACGUACCGCCGUAUCACCGACUCGGCUCGAACAUACGCCAAGACGCUCAAUCUACGGGGUAUGGACUCCAUCUCUGCCCUCACCAUCAUGCCCAACCUCACCCGUCUCGACUUACGCGGAUGCCGCGGACUGUCAUCUGCGGAGAUCUGCAAGGUCGUCACUGCGCCGGGCCUGGAGGCGGUAAACCUCAAAGGUGUACAGGGCGUUACGGUGGAUGUACUGGCCCAGCUCGCAGGAGGGAGGUAUCUGGAGACUCUGGAUGUGAGUCGGUGCAGGAGUAUUGAUUUAGGGGAUAUGGCGGACUUUCUGCGGAGAUCACCUUCGGAGCUGAAAGAUCUAAGGGUGGCGGGGCUGAGCGCGGGCGGGAGGGGAGGGGAGUUCGCCCGGCUUGCCAAGGUGGAAAGGCUGGAUAUGCUGGGGUGCGAGCUGGAGGAUGGCGAUAUGGAGCUACCGGAUACGAUCACCCACCUCGUCCUUUCGUCAAACCCGGCAUUAUCGGUCGACAUGUUCAAGCGGCUCGAACUACCCAACCUCAUCUCGCUUGAGUUGGCGGAUAUGGACUUCUUCCGCGAGACUCCUAAUCCCAGACCUCUCAUCGACUUUCUCAGGUCCACCACCCGACUUCAGAAGCUCGACCUGGACGGGACGGGGUCACAUGGCGGAGUCAAUGAUCGCGUCCUGGAGGCGCUGGUCCGGUUCUGCCCCAAUCUGACCGAACUCCACAUCAGCCACGCCCGGCUCGUCUCGCCCGACGGGCUCAUCCGACUCAUACGCGGGUGCAGCAAGUUGGCAGUUCUGGAAGCUGAUAACACACCCGCCAACAACGCCGUCAUGCGCGAAUUUGUCAAGCGCCGACGUGGUCGGCUCAAUCUGCAAGACUGCCGAGCGGUCACUGCAGCUGCCUACUCGGAGGUGGCUGCGGGGACUCGGCCUAGAGAGGGAUGGGAGGGAAGAGAGGCGCUGCCAUUUUCGUAUGAGGUGGGGGAUAGGGAAGGAUUAGUGCUAAAGACGUUCUGGAGCUGGAGGCGUGUAGGGGUGCCGCGGGCUUGGCGCGAGGCAAGG